UUGUAGUUUCCUGUUCCUUUAGUUCCCCAAAAAAAAAGUUGCAUGUUGAUGACGUCAUCCUUCCCAAGAGAUUGACCGAAAGAGGAGCUGUGAAUGUCUAGGGCGGAAUUGCAAAGUGAGAGAGGGGCAUGGCAGGCGACGGCAGCAGCACAGUUACAAAAACCAUGGAUGAGGUGUGGAGCGACAUCAAACUUUUUUCUCUCUGCCAUUACCCCAUCUCCCACACUUCCCUACUUCAUCACUUCUUCUCUCCUCCCUCUUCCUCUGCUUUUCAUUCUUCUUCCUCUCGCAUCCCCAGCAACAAGAGAACCCGCCAUCAAAUCCACGGCUCCUCUGAUCCCCGCCAUCAGCAUCCCCAGGCUUAUACGAACGAGUUAGAACGCGAACUUGCAAGUCUACGAGAGGAGAAUGCCAGACUCAGAAGACAGCAAGAGAAGAGUGGAGUGGAGUUUGGUCUAUGUAUUUGACUCAAUCUCCACUGUGUGUCAAACAAAGAAACCGAAGUACCCCUUUA